UUGAAACCUAAUAGAAAUAAGAUUCUGUCGCCACGGUACUCGCCAUGACCCUGACCCAUAUAGAACUUUCGCUUCUGUGAUUGAUAGCGAAUCCUUCACCAUGUUGAGAAUGAGAAGAUUUUUUAGUACUUUGAUGCGAAUUUCCUUGCUUCAGGCAAAUUUUCUACCAUAUGCCUUCUCUGACAUUCCGAAUAAUCAUUGUGUCGAAGUCGCCAUCGCCAUUUUGGGACCGAUUCCAUGUUCACCGUAUAUUACGAAUCCCAAAAAUGGAAAAUGCAACAGGAAAUAUUGUGAUUUACAAGAGGCUCCAAGUGCUUCCGAAAUGUGCCGAUAUAUGGGAGGUGAAUUGGUUACCAUAUGCGAUAAGGAUGAUAACGAUCUCAUUGCCGGACUUGCAAUUCUUCAUCCGGAUCAUCUUGAUGUGUUGAAUUCAGUCUGGAUUGGACUGGUGCGUAAUCACAUAGAUCGAAACCAAUGGGAGUGGUUGAGCGGUGAAAACUGCACAUAUAGGAGUUGGUUUGGAAGUGAACCAAAUGAUAUGGGAGGCAAUGAAAAUCACAAUUUCCACUAUAUUUGUGAAUGGGACGAGUGUCCUUCUCAGAAAAAUAUUAUUCGUUUUCAGCUUUCGAAUGACUUCACUUCAUUUAUAAACAUACAACUACUUUCGAAUGACUUCACUUCAUUUAUAAACAUACAACUAUCUCACAGUGGAUGUGGGAAAUCAUGUGACAUCAAACUACAUUACCCUAAAUCCCCCACUGUGACUGCUUGGCAAUUCUCGCAGUCCGUUACACGAUAUCUGACAGAUGUGACAAGCACGGCACGCCCCCGUGGGGGGGGGGGUUUUCGUGCCCAAACGGCGUACCACACCCGAUCGUGCGCAGUCGCUCAGUGUGGGAAGAUUUGA